ACUAUAAUAAUCUCAAUACUUGAGCAAAGCAGUAGAAGAAACUCAAAAGCACAAACAAUAUUUGCCGAGAAUGAUUAUGGUAGUUCAGCACAAUCCUAGCGUGGUGGAGGUUCUGUGAUCUGCUGCCUGGUUUUCGUUUCUGAGGACCCAAUCCAACUUCGUUUCAGGACCACGAACAAAUUAAUUGGAUUGGAAUCAUAAGUAAUCGCUAUGGACGUAGACAUUUUACUUGAAGCGUCGAAGAACACCUCGACGCCACAGCUUCCCAGGUGCAUCUUCAGAGUUCCUGAAGUUCUCCGCAGACAUAACGUACUGGCAUACGCACCUGACAUUGUCUCAAUCGGACCCUAUCAUCCACGAAACAAUGUACAAUUUCAAGCUAUGGAAAAUCUGAAAUACGAGUAUUUGCGCGACCUUCUCUUACACAUGGAUAGGUCACAUGACAGGGAUAUGGAGUUAGAAACAUCGAUCAAUAAACUCAUCAAUUACAUUAAAGAUCACAAGCAAGUACAAUACAUGGCUGAGUUUGAGAAAAAAGCUCGUGAUUUUUAUGCACAUCCGUUUGAUCCUCUGAUGAAAAUGGAGUUUCUCCACAUGAUGAUACUUGAUGGUUGCUUCCUGGUACAAAUAUUUAGGAAGAGUAUGGAUGAGGACCAGAGGGACACUAAUGACCCCUUAUUCAACAUGGAUUGCAUGUUCCAGUACAUAUGUCAUGACCUCUUGCUCUUAGAAAAUCAGAUUCCUUGGUUUGUCCUCCAGGACAUAUAUGAGCUCACCGUGAAGUAUUACCAGACCCCUCAGCCCAGCCUCUCGCGACUCAUCCUCACCGAGCUCAGCUCACAACCACAACUGUCCCAUAACUGCAAGUCGUAUCUGCAUCAUCUAAGAAGAAAUGAUGACAAUGAGGAUGACUCACAACCACAACCAUCCCAUAACUGCUGGUGGUAUCUGGAUCAUCUAAGAAGAAAUGAUGACAGAGAGGAUGAAAUUGCGCUCCACAUCUUAGACCAAGAGGAUGAAAGUGUGCUCCACAUUCUCGAUCUCAUAAGAACUUCCAUAGUUUUCUCAUUCACUGAAUGCUAUGAAGAUGAGAAACCUUCCUUCAAUGCAAAUACACAAUCGAUAGCUUCAGCAACUGCUCUUUCUGAGGCCGGCAUUAGAUUCAAAAUGAGCUCCGAUGAAUGUAAAAGCAUAAUGAACAUAGAAUGCAAGAAUGGGGUUAUUAUGAUUCCGCAUCUAGAAAUUGGAGAGUUAACUGAAUCGAUAUUCAGGAACCUGAUCGCCUUGGAGCAGUGCUGUUAUGGUCGUUCGCAUAAAAUCACAUCUUAUGCCGUUCUGAUGGAUAACCUCCUCGGUUCUAGCAACGAUAUUAAAUUUCUCUGCGACAUGGGAAUUAUAGGUAACUGGCUGAGCGCUGAAAAUGGUUCUGAGUUCUUCAGCAAGCUUUACUGCGACACGGUGCUUACUUAUUUCUACUAUGAUGGACUCUGUACUCGAGUAAAGAAACACCAAACUAAAUCGAGGAGGUGGGGAGAAACAUUCGCGCGUAACUAUUGUUCAGAUCCAUGGAAAACCACCUCCUGGAUUGCAGCAAGUAUCCUUCUGAUUCUCACCGGUUUCCAGACUGGAUACACCAUGGCGCAAUACUAUUCUCCUCGGGCAUGAAGUUUUUUAUUAGUUAAAUCUGUGGCAUGUAUGUUAAACUUGUUGGGAGUAUUUUAACCACUAGGGUUAAGCUUCCUAGUUUCUAGGUCAACUUUGUAGUCGUUAAUAAUUCCUAUUAUUAAGGAACCAGUAUUGUUUCACGUUCAGUCUUUAACCCUAGUCAGAUACCACGAUUCUAGGUGCUGUAAAAUCGUGGGUUGUUACUUUCAUUCAGUUAUCUUGUAAGGCUAUAAGUAGUCUGUGUUAUCUUUGAAUUCAAUAAGAUUAUUCUCC